AUGUCGACAGUAUCAGAAUCCCGAACCAAAGAGGACGAUGAUGUCUCUUCAGGUCCAUCCCUUUCCUAUGAGCUAGUCAACACAGCAGAUGACCAGAGCGAAUCUGCUGUGGAAACUGAGCCAUCGACCGUUAGUGCCGGAAACGGAAAGAUAUACUUAGACGCGCCCGAGAAAGUUUCCAUAAGCUUCGGUAUCAUGCCCUCAGAUGGGCGCUCGUGGGUUGGAAAAAUGGACGUCAAAUGCGAUGACGUGCCCCAGAUGAUGCGCGAGGGUUUCUACUGGUCGGUGGAGAACGUGAUCAAAGAAGAAGGCGUCGUCGAUAACUACACCUCGCCAGCUUAUAGCUCAUCAAACAAGCCAAAACCCCCCUGUAGAGCUACCAGGCGCUGGAUCCUGCAAGAUAUGCAACGGCCACGGCGAUGGAUUGCCUACUUGGAAGUCCACGCCCUGACUCUGGAUAUCGUAUCCAACAUUCGCCUCGACAGCUGGCACCCAAACAUGGUUGUGUCCUGCAGUGCCUGGGGUCACUUGGACAAUUUGGUAUACCAAUUCGAGGCCAGAGCGCCUGAAGACGGCUUCAACACCAUUUACGACGAUUUAAUGCUGAGAGGAUGGUGGCCCUGGCCACGACUACGGCCACGAACACAAGUAUUUGUUCGUCGUAAUGGUGGACGAUUGCAGCGCGUAGACGUGAAAGAACUCACGGCAGAGAUGUCUGACUAG